CAGAUAUGGCGAUGUCCUGCACUGCACUCAUGCCGGUUCGGGCACUCGUCGCUUUAAGGAGAAAAACUCUUGAAAUUAAUAAAGACAUCUGGUCAAAGUGGACUUUUGUAAGUCAGUAUAGGACUAAAACAGGUGUCAUCCAUAAACAUCGCAACUCUCCGCCGGAAACUGUUCACAAAGGUGGUCCUGAUCUUCUCCGAGAGUUUCCUCAACCUAAGAACCUCUUGUACACCACGCUGUCCAAAUCCCUGGGUCUGUCCGAUCUGUCCGAGUACAUCCAGUACAGCUGCAGCGAUGGGGAGGUCAAGAGAGCAACAGUCACCCUCCAGUGGCCCGUGCCGAUGGAGGCGGAGGGCUUUGGGUCUCGUAAGCUGGAGGCCGAGCGUCAAGCAGCAGCUGCAGCUCUAUGUAAACUCAGAGAGCUGGGAGUCCUCGGUCAAGGAAAUCAACCAUCCGUUAGAGGAAAGACGAGACCGAAAGGGAGGCAGACAUCUGUCUGGGAAGAUAAAGAAGACGAUGAUGACUCUCUGCCUCUCAAGAAGAAAACACAGAAGGAACGAGCCCAAGGGCCAAUAGAAGAGGAUCCGACGGUGACCGAGGCACUCUCCAUGUUUCCAAAGCCGAGGGCACUUCUGGGAAGUGUCAUUCAGGUCGCCACAUCAUCCUGCAGAGUCAGAGAGCUGCUUCAGUACAGGACGACUGGUGGGACGGUGAAGACAUGCGAGUUGACCUUACGCUGGCCGGAGGAGAUGACCUUUACAGCUCACGGCCGGCGUAGACUGGAAGCGGAGUCUAAAGCAGCGGCACUGGCUUGUCUCCGGUUUAAGGAACUGAAGCUUCUGGAUGAGCAGAACAACCCUCUGACUCACGCCAGGUACCAUCAGCAGGAGGUGCGUGAAGCAGGCGAGAGGCACAGGCGACCCUGCCGUGUUGAAAUACCCCAGGAUCUGGAACAGAGGAUUCAACAGUACCUCGCACAGCAUCCAGUGGAGGCUGAAGUUCAGAAGUUGUGGGAUGAAGAGGAGCAGCAAUCAGUUCAGUCGUCUUCCAUCAGUUCAGAUGACGAUGAUGAGGACGACUUCAUUAAAGAUGUUAUUACUAAUAAGCCAUACCGCCCUCUGCGCCCUGAGGAGCAGGAGAGUCUCAGCGACCACCUGCUCGGCCUGUGGGCGGGGGCGGGGCCUGGCCGAGGGGUGGAGCUUCCGGUGGACUCCUAUAAAGAGAGCCUUCUCGCAGCGGUGAAGUCCUCACAGGUGGUCGUGAUCGCUGGAGAGACGGGCUGCGGGAAGACCACGCGGAUCCCACGCUUCCUGUUGGAGGGCUGCGUUAGGAGCGGAGACGGGGCCAAAUGCAACAUCCUGGUCACACAGCCUCGUCGCAUUAGUGCAGUGUCUGUGGCGCAGCGUGUGGCGCAGGAGAUGGGACCCGCCCUCCGCCACUGUGUGGGAUACCAGGUGCGUCUCGAGUCUCGUCCUCCUGAGCGCAGCGGUGGCGCUCUGCUCUUCCUCACCGUCGGCGUCCUCCUGCGGAAACUACAAUCCAACCCUGGCCUCCAGGGCAUCAGCCACGUCGUGGUGGACGAGGUCCACGAGAGAGACGUCAACACCGACCUGCUCCUGGCCCUGCUGCACUCGGUCCUGAAGGAGAACCCAGAGCUGCGAGUGGUCCUGAUGAGCGCGACCGGAGACACGCGCCGGCUGGCUCAGUAUUUCGGGGGAUGCCCAGUGGUGCGUGUGCCUGGAUUCAUGCACCCGGUGCAGGCGAGGUACCUGGAGGAGGUGAUGACCGAGAUGGGUCGACCGCUCCUGGAGAAGAGCAGGGAGAAGAGGAACGGGGCGGAAGAAAAAGACGUCGCUCCUGAUCUUGAUCUGGUGGCGGAUGUGAUAGACCAUAUUCACAGGUCUGGAGAGCCAGGUGCUGUGUUGUGUUUCCUCCCAGGAUGGCAAGACAUUAAACUCAUACAGCAGAAACUGGAGGAGAGACCGGCGUACAGAUCAGGCUCACAGAUGAUUUUACCAUUGCACUCCAGUAUGGCUGUAGCGGAUCAGCAAGCUGUGUUCCAGCGCCCUCCGAAGGGCCUGCGGAAGAUCGUCCUGGCCACCAACAUCGCUGAGACGUCCAUCACCAUAGACGACAUCGUGCACGUGGUGGACGCCGGCUCUCAGAAAGAGCAGAACUACGACCCCAGAACAAAGGUCUCUGGUCUGAACACGGUCUGGAUUUCACAAGCAAACGUUACUCAGCGAAGAGGAAGGGCAGGCCGCUGCCAACCUGGACAUGCCUACCACCUCUACCCCCGAAAACAGCUGGACAGCAUGGACACGUUCCCCAUCCCUGAAAUCCUGCGCACCCCUCUGGAGAGCGUGGUCAUACAAGCCAAGAUCCACUGUCCAGACAGCAAAGCUGUGGACUUCCUGUCGCAAGUGCUCGACUCCCCAGACAGGCAGGCCGUGAAAGCUGCUGUGAAGAACCUAAUGGAAAUUGGCGUGCUGGACGCCUCAGAGAAUCUGACUCCGCUGGGACAGCGCGUGGCCUGCAUGUCCUGUGACCCGCGCUUGGGGAAAGUCUUGGUCCUCUCCGCUGUGUUUUCUUGCGUUCUUCCUAUUUUGUCUGUGGCAGCCUGUUUGACUCGAGACCCCUUCUAUAACAGCAUGCAGAACCGGGCCCUCGUUUCCAAGGCCAAGGCCGCCCUGAGUGGGUCCAGCUGCAGUGAUUAUCUGGUCUACAGUCGAGUUGUCCAGAGAUGGAAAGAGCAACAAGGCAAGGAGAAUAAACAUGAAUUUCUGGACAAAUAUACUCUGUCUGGAGCCAGUCUGCGCUUUAUAUAUGGCCUGAUGCAACAGUUCAGUGAGAACUUGUCUGAUGCUGGACUGUCGACUCAUUCUGCUGAAUGUCUGCGUGUCUCGUCUCAUCUGAACCAGAACAGUCAGCAGGAGCAGCUCCUUAAAGCAGUGCUGGUUGCUGGCCUCUAUCCUAAUCUCAUACAGGUGAAAAGAGGCACAGUGACCAAAGGUGGAAGAUUUCGUCCAGAAAGUCUCUCCUACCGGACGGAGAGCACCCCUGUGGUGCUUCACCGCUCCUCCGUCAACAGGGGAAAUCGGAAUCUCCCGAGUCGCUGGCUCACGUUCUUCUCUGCUAUGAAAUCAAAUGAUCAAGUGUUCAUCAGAGACUCUUCGGUGGUUCAUCCGCUAGCGCUGUUGCUCCUCACAGACUGUGACCUCAGCGAGAGAGUCCUGGGAGAUCGGGUCGAGGUGGCAUUACCAGGUCAUACACUCAUACGAUGGGAGUUUUCCCCUAAUGUCUGGGAGUUGCUGUGGGACCUGCGCACUUCCCUACAGGCCAUGAUCCACCGCAAUCUUCGGCCGUCUGAAUGUGAAUCCAGCUCGGACAGCCGGAAGGACAGUGAGCUUAUUGGCUUAUUAGUGGACCUUCUGAAUAACACAGACUCAGAGGCUAGCAGUGAUCAGGAGGACUUCAACAACAGUCUGAACUCCACAGACGAUGUUAAGGCUGACAGCUUUUAAUGGACACGUGGUACUGUAAAUUAUUUGAGAAAGAUGUUUUUCCAUUCCAGGCAAACAGUUGUACAUAUGAAGACGGUCUGAGUAAAGACUGUGCAGGACGAAUCAAACUCUCUCCUGUCAGAACACAAUCAAAGGGGUCACGUGUUGACUCAAACUGCUUGAAUAGCACUAAUUUAAGUAAUUUAUUGAAGUUAAAAGAACAGUGACAUUUCUCCCUUGUAUACUAUGUAAAACAUUUUUGCACAAAAGUCUUUUCUUGAAUAAAAGCUGAAUGUUGUAACUAUGUAGAAAUAUAAGAUUGCACCAUACCAAAUUAAAAAGAACCUAUACUUCUGUUUUUU